AUGCUACCAGAAGAUAAUAUGCUACCUACGAGAACAUAUGAUGCUAAACAAGUACUUGCUUCCAUUGGAUUGACCCAUGAGAAGAUACAUGUUUGUCCUAAUGAUUGCAUUUUGUUUCGAAAAGAGUAUGCAUCACUAAGUCAAUGUCCAAAGUGUAAUGAGUCACGUUACAUAAAGAACAAAUCUACACCUACAAAGGUCAUGUGGUAUUUUCCAGUAAUUCCGAGAUUAAGGCGCUUAUUUUGCACUGCAGAAAAUGCAAAACACAUGACUUGGCAUGCUGAAGGCAGAAUUAGAGAUGAGAAGCUUAGGCAUCCAGCAGAUUCUCCUCAGUGGAAAAAGUUUGAUGAUGAAUAUGAAGACUUUGCAGCAGAAACAAGGAAUAUACGCUUUGCUUUGGCAACCGAUGGAAUGAACCCUCAUGGCAUGCAAAGUAGUACCCGUAGUACCUGGCCUGAAAACGGCAUUGAAGUAUAUUAUGGGUUUAGAGAUGAAUAUUUCACACUUAAGGCAAUGUUGUAUGGUACAAUUAAUGAUUUUCCUGCUUAUGGAAAUCUUUCUGGUUAUAGCAUAAAGGGUCAAUGUGCAUGUCCAAUAUGUUCCAAAAAUACAGAUUAUAUCAGACUUGAACACUGUCACAAGAAUGGGAAAAAAAAGGAUGGUAUCAAUGCAAGGCUUGACUUGGUAAAGAUGAGAAUUAGAUCUGAUUUGGCACCAGUGAAGAAGGGAAAACGCACAUUUUUACCACCAACAGCAUGCACCCUUUCUAGACAUGAGAAACGUGCAUUUUGUGAAGCUCUUUAUUCAGUUAAGGUUCCUGAGGGGUAUUCAUCUAACAUCAAAAGUCUUGUUUCAUUGAAGGACCUCAAGUUAAAAGGGUUAAAGUCUCAUGAUUGUCACAUCUUAAUGGAGAAUUUGAUUCCUUGCGCUAUACGGUCUAUUUUACCAAAAAAGGUCCACGUUGCAAUAACCAAGCUGUGUUUUUUCUUCAAGACAAUAUGUAGCAAAGUUAUUGAUCCUGCAAAAUUACCAGCAUUGCAAAACCACAUAUCUGAGACUUUAUGUGAGCUUGAAAUGUAUUUUCUACCUUCGUUCUUUGAUAUCAUAGUUCAUUUGACCAUUCAAUUGGUUGAAGAGACAAAAUUGUGUGGUCCCGCAUAUAUGUGA